AUGUCCCGACGGAAUGCAUCCGCGUCAAACAUGUCGCCGUUUGUUCGUCAACGACGUCGACAUGCUGGAGAACGCUGCCAACACCGACAGCUGUCCGCUCGGCUACAGAUGCGUCACCUACGGCAGUCCGUACGUGGGUCACUGCUGCCGACUUCGUUGCCCGUACGGGGAACCCGACCUCAGUCUUGCGAUGCCGGAUCGUCGCCGGAGUCAAAAUGUCGUCCUCUCACCCAUUUCUGUUAUUCUAUCACCGAGCCAGGGCGGGUAAUUUUUUCUAGUGAAAGUUCAUGGCGUACAGAAACUGAUCCCUAUUCAUCGUGGAAAUCGUCUCUUUGCUGUCCACGUCCAUGUCGCGACCCUACGCCGCUCUACAUCAAUGGGCAGUGUUUAUCGAUAGCCCACAGAGACGAUCCUUGCCAAAUUGACCAACAGUGCGAAGGUGGUAUUUCCAUGUCGUGUACGCUUGGCACAUGCCAAUGCAAAUUGGGCUUCCAUCCGUACAACGAUGACCGGUUUCCCACCUGUGAGAAAAGUUGCAACCAGUUGGAUGAGAUUCCUUCUUCGGAUCGGUGUCUGCAGAAAGCGCAGCUCGGUCAGCGAUGUCUGUCGAAGAAGCAGUGCCCCGGAUUCUCCGAUUGCAGAUUCGGAACCUGCCAGUGCUUGUGUGGAUACAAGCAAGUUCGGGAUAACAUCCUAGGCACGAGGUGCACAAAUCCAGACGACCCCUUGAGUUUGAAUACAAUACUCACGGGCGUCGAGCAGCUUUUCGGAAAUAAAAGGACUAAUCGACACUAG